AUGACCGUCGUCGCGCCUGAAGUCCGACCGCUGCAGGUCCUGAUCGUGGGGGCGGGCAUCGGGGGUCUCACGGCCGCCAUUGCCCUGGGCAAGCAGGGCCAUCAUGUCGUGAUCCUGGAAAAAUCCACCUUCUCCCGCGAGGCCGGAGCGGCUAUCCAUGUGCCUCCCAACUGCACGGCGCUGCUGAACUGGCUGGACAUUGACCCGAAGGAGUUUGGGGGGACGUUGCUGGAGCAGAUCAAUCGCUACGACCACCUGGGCAACCUCAAGUACCACAAGGAUUUCUCCGAGAUCCGCCAGAAAUGGCAGGCCGAAUGGUACCUCGUCCAUCGCGUCGACCUGCACAACCACCUCAAGCAGCGUGCCCUGCAGACGGCCACCCUGCACAUGGGCUGCAGGAUCGUCGCCAUGGAUAUCACCAGCCCCCGUCCGUCCGUGACCCUCGACACCGGUGACCGCUUCGAGGCUGAUGUCCUCCUCGGUGCCGACGGACUGCAUUCCAUCGUCCGCAGCGAAAUCGGACAGAACCCCCCUCCCCCUUUCCCCGCCGGCAAGUCCUGCUUCCGCUGGCUGCUCCCCACCGAGGAGCUGCGCCAUCUGCCCGCCACGCAGGACAUCGUGCGUGACCCGGGCGUGUUCAUCGAGUGGGCCGGGGCCGAUCGCCGUCUGGUGGCGUAUCCCUGCUCGGACAACAGCAUGUUCAACCUGUGUGCCUUUCUCCCGACGACGGAAGCAGGGGCUGCCGCAGAGGGCUGGCAAGCAUCCGGCAGCAAAGACGCCCUGGUAGCGGGCUUCUCCAGCUUCGGACCCGAAGUGCGCGAGCUGGCGGAUCGCGCCAAGGACGAUCUCAAAGUGUGGGAGUUGUUCGAUAUGAAGUCCCUCCCGUCGUGGGUGCGCGGACGGGCUGCUGUUUUGGGCGAUGCUGCUCACCCUUUCCAACCUUAUAUGGGCCAAGGCGGCGCCAUGGCCAUCGAAGACGCGGUCUCGCUGGCGGUGAUGCUCCCCCUCGGGACCUCUCCAGCAGACAUCCCCUCCCGGCUGGCCCUAUACGAGCAGGCCCGGCGGCCGCGCGUCGAUCUGGUGCUGGAGUAUACCCGGAACAACGGGGUCGACGAGAACGACACCACCGCGAAGCGGAUAACUCCGGCCGAGAUGGUCAAGUUCAUGGGGAUCUGCUUUUCGCAUAAUGAGGUGAAGAGCUCGGGGGGGUUCAUGGAGGUGGCAGUGUAGAUGGACUGGGAUGAAGAGUG